GUUAAAAUGAAUUCGGUGCAAAGUUUAAUUGCAGAGCCGUUCUGUAGCCGAUCAUUAAAUGAUAAGGCUGAGAUAAAAAGACUUGGCAGGCCUACUCCGCCUUUAAAAAUAGAACAAUCUGUGUCUAGCAAAAAAAGGACUUUUAUGAGAACGUUUAAUCCUGACUUGUACAAUAAACAUACGUGGCUUUGUGGGUGUCCAAUAAAAAAUGAUUUGUUUUGUUUUCCUUGUUUAUUGUUUGGAGGCGAAGUUUCUUGGACAAAAGUAGGUUUUACUGAUCUUAAUCACUCAGGAGACCGCAUUAAAAAACAUUCAUUAUCGGCAACACAUAUGAAGAAUGUCGUACAAUAUUCACUUUUUGGAAGUGUCAAUGUAGCAGCCCAAUUAAGUGGUGCAUAUCGUCGAAAUAUUGACCUGCAUAACGAACAGGUGUUCAGGAAACUUCGCCCCUGCGUCCAAUCCAACGUCCAGGAAAAGGGUGAUUUAAAUAUUCAGUCACAUUUCUACUACUGUAGGGCGGAGCAUCGUCAUGUUGUAACCACACUUGUCUUGAUUAAAUUGGAACGUUCUCUAACAAACACAGGCUCACUUCUCGUGAAAGUGAAGAUACCAUUAAUCGGAGACGAAUGGGAGAAAAUAGCAAAGGACUUUGGGGCAAAGUGGCAAUUUUGGAACUGCCUUGGGGCAAUAGACGGAAAACACGUUCACAUUAUUAAACCAGCAAAUUCCGGAUCAAGGUACUAUAAUUACAACGGUACCCACAGCAUCGUUUUGAUGGCGAUUGUAGAUGCUAAUUAUAAUUUUAUAAUGGUUGAUGUUACACUAACGGACGGGUAUCAGAUGGAGGAGUUCUUUACAAUACCGAUUUUUUGGAAAUGUUCCAAAACAAUCGGUUGAAUAUUCCUGAUGCCUCAAAACUGCCAAAUACCGACGAAAAAUUUCCUUACGUUUUUAUAGGGGAUGAUGCCUUUGCGCUGAGCAAACAUUUAUUGAAGCCAUUUAGCCAAGAGGAUUUAUCAGUGACAAACCGGAUUUUUAAUUACCGAUUGUCACGGGCUCGCCGAGUAGUUGAAAACGCAUUUGGCAUACUUGUUACUCGAUUCGGUGUAUUUCAAAAAGCUAUAAAUUUAUUACCUGAAAAGGCCACCGUUGUUGUUUUAGCCUGCUGUUAUCUACACAAUUUUGUAAUGAAAACAGCAAAUACAAAUAAUUAUUAUAAUAACAUAUUAAAUGUAGAAAACAAGGAAACAGGGGACGUCGUUAUUGGUACAGACAGAUCCGAACAUACAUUGAAUGAAUUGAAUUGAUUGAACUUCGUUUAGGAUCAUAUCGAAAUGCAUCAAAAAACGCUAAGCAAGUUAGGGAACGCUUUAGGAACUACUUAA